AAGACCGCAUCGCAGCCCACAGUGCUCCGUGGUUGUUUGCGCGUGAAUCCGCGUGUGGCUAUCGCGCAAGAACCAAAACAUAAACCAAAGUUAUCCCACGCCCCUUCCCCCUUCCUUUGCACGCUGUACAGUGUCCUGUCAACGGGGCAGGCGGAGAAAAAAAACGGCACAAGCAGCACAAUUAGAUCAAUAGAAAUCGCGACAACGCGAGAUUCGUCCGCGCAGUUCCGUUGCCGUACGAAACACUCCUACUGGCGUUCCGAAAUUCAGUUCAAACCUGUACCACUACCUACCUCACAGCUGCGCCCGCAGCAGGACAUCACUACGUACCGGACACAUGAAUCCUUGGCGUAGUUAAAUACGACCGUAGUGUGUGUGUGUGUAUGCAAAAUGGUAAUUAAAUAAUUGCGACGGGAUGGCGUUUGACCUAGAUCCCCAGCCAGGAGCCGUAGCAGCAGCAGCAGCAGCAGUGCCAGAUUGCCAGUAUUGAUCGUCGGAGUGCCAUCCCGGGGCAACGGUACGGCCACCCAGUGUCGGUGCAGAAUGAUACCCUGGAUGCGUGAAAAGUUUGCCGAACGGCGUGCCCGCUGGCAGCAGUCGCGCAAGUCCGCGACGCAACCACGCGGUCUCGGCGACGGCACGUCCAGCUGCAGUUCGGCCUCGUCCAGCACCACCGGUCCGGAACCGUCGUCGUCCGGCACGACGACACCCGGUACGAACGUUUCGCCCGUGCACCAGCCGGUGGCAGCAGCUGCUGGUGCUGCUUCUGCUACUGCCACCCCAUCACGUCACCACGGCCACAAGCAUCGCCACGGGCAACGUACGUCGAAGGGGCCGCAUCACCAUCACCUAUCGCAGCAACCGUCGCCAUCGACCAGCGGAACAUGGCGCUCGAGAUCAUCCCGCAGGGAAACGCACGAGAACGGUGGAGGCGGUGGCCCAUCCGCACCGCCGUCCGUUGCGCUGCGCAUUAUCAGCCCGCGGGGCGGCAUGGUCGAUGUGGAGGUGGCCCGCACCCUCACCGGCCGGCAGCUGAAGAUGUACGCGCUGGAAAAGUUCGCCAGCAAUGCCUUUACGAUGCCUCACUUUUCGUCCGACCUGGACGAGCUGGCCGAUCGGUACCGGAUGAUACGGUCGCACAAUCGGCGCAUCUUCCGCGACGACGAUCUGCUCGGUGACGCCGUGCACGAUGAAGAGGAAUUCCUGCUCGUAGCGAAGCGCAUCGAUGCGACGCCGGCCGACGAAAGCCUGAAAGGUCCUUCGCCGGCGGAAAUAUUGGCCGCAACGCGCCACAUACCGCUGUCCCGCAUAAAUCAAGCUUCCGUUAACUUCAAUCUAGGCAUGCUGCAAUCGGAUCUGCAACAGGACCUUCGGCGCAUCAUGAUAUCGCUGUCCCGGGCGUCCGCCUACGUGCACGGGACAGGACCGUGUGCCGAGAAGCUGAUCGCCCUGUUCCAGCAGCGGCUCAUCAACCGGCAACGGCACCAGAUCAGCUCGGUCGAAACGCUGCUCGAGAUGGGAUUUUCGCUGGACAAAAUCAAUCAGGCCUUACAAAUUACCAAGAAUGUGUUCCCGGCGGCACUGGACUGGCUGAUACAGAACGAUAGUACGGCGCGCUUGUUUAACUGUGAUAAGAGCGCAGCAAUUGCGUGCUCGUCCGCUGCAACGAUGAAUCAAAUUCAAGGUGCAAACUCGCCGGCUAACGAAUCGCCCAGCGGUGCUCCCUCCACUGGCGGCGGCCUUCACCGUGGACGGAAACGUUCGAACGCCGGCAGUGAUAGUAGAUCCGCCUCUACACCGUCGUCCGUCGGGAACUCGCUGGACGAGGAAGAGGAGGCGUUCGAGGCGGGCGACGACAACGAAGAGGCAGCGAAUGUGAGCGAUCCUUUUACGAUAAAGCGUGAAAACGUGGCCGCCUUGCUGGAGAUAGUGCGCCUGUACUCGGAGAAAACGGUCGUUCCUGUGCCGGAGCUGGUGAGCUCCAUCGCCGAGAUGGGCUUCGAGGAGGAAAACGUACGCGAAGCGCUAAUAGCUACACAAAACAAUCAAACGGCAGCGUGUGAAUGGUUGCUAGGAAACCGGACCAAAAGUGUGCAGGGGUUGUGCGAUGGCUUGCCGCCGGAAUCGCCAAUCCUGCGUGUCCUGAUGGGUUCACCGCAAGUACAAAUUAGUCUAGGAAACCCGAAAAUGUUUAUCGCGCUGAUAUCCAUGCUGGACAACUCUUCCACGAUGAGCAUGUGGCUUAGCGAUAACGAUACGUCGUCGGUGCUGGGACACAUACUGCGCACGUACCACGAGGAGAAGCAUAUCGUCGCCAUCAAUCAGUUUAACAAUGCGCAGGGAAGCGCGAGCAGUAACCAGUAGUAGCAGCAGCAGCAGCAGAAUUAGCAGUCGAAAUUCGCUUUACGAUAAAGAUUUGUGGUCGAUGACAGAUCGAAGAAAGGUUUUCGUGCAACAUGGUCAAUAUACCCCCACAUAAGUCUUUCGUACAAAGUAUAAAA